AUGCAGUUCCUGACGGUGUUUGUAGCGGUUGGCGUUGUUGUUGUUGUUGGGGUGGCGUCCGCAACAGGAAGUGACGUUCCGAUAACUCAGCGCGCGCAAGACGAUUCGAACCCGCUCGCUACGUACGGAUACACCGUCUUCUCCGGUCAGGUCCCACACUACGCUGUGCUGUACCUCAGCAACGAUGCUGUCUCCUACACUACCAUUUCUGCUGGUUCGCUCAUCACACCGAAUUAUAUCCUCACUUGUGCACGGUCAUUGUAUAACAGUGUAAUCAUGUCCAAUGCAACCUAUGGAUACGCCAUUUUGGGACUGGACGAUGGAAGCGACAAGCAGCGGAGUGAGCAGCGUGUCAAUUUCACCGACAGUGGUAUACAGAUCCAUCCACAGUACGCGGGAUCGCUGAAUGAUAUCGCCACAAUUCGUCUGGAGCAUCCAGUUACCUUCACCAAAUAUGUGCAGCCGAUCCGUUUGCCCAGGAUGACCGACGAUCGGACGUACGAGGGGAUGGAGGGUAUCAGCGCUGCAGCCGUUGGGGCACCGAUACGAUAUGCGUCCAACCGGAUACUAACGAACGACGAAUGCGCUGAGCAACACCCGUCUCAGACGAUUGGCUCACAGCACAUCUGUACGACCGCUUACGUCGGAGGUUCGCUUUGCACCAGGAUGCUCGGGUCGGGAUUGACCGUUGAGGAUGGCAAAGGCCCGGUGCUGGUAGGAAUUGCCACCGUAAUCUAUAUGUGCGAAUUAAACUAUCCUACCGUUUUUGAACGCGUUUCUUACUUCCGCGACUGGAUUGCAGCGAACUCGGACUAUGUGUUCGAUUUAUAG